AUGGAGAACCAGAGCCAGUACAUUGGGAGCAAUAGUGGGAUGGAUGGGGUGGAUCAGAAGGAAGGGAAGGCAGCAAACCAGAGAAAACCAGGGACUUGUGAGUCAAUUCUGAGGAUUUUGGCCUUCAUGCUGACUCUAACUGCAGCUGUAGUUCUUGGGGUGAAUAAACAAACCGAAAUUGUGUCAAUGAAGAUCGUCCCAACCUUGCCUCCUAUUGAUAUUCCAGCUACUGCUAAGUGGCAUUACUUAUCUGCUUUUGUGUACUUUGUGGUAGCAAAUGCCAUAGCAUGUGCAUAUGCAGCAUUUUCCCUAGUCUUUUCGUUUGCGAAUCGGGGCACCAAGAGCGGCUUAGGGCUGGUGAUCAUCUUACUUGAUCUGUUAAUGGUGGCAUUGCUCUUCUCCUGCAAUGGAGCCGCAGGGGCAAUUGGUCUGAUGGGGUACCAAGGGAAUUCACAUGUGAAAUGGAACAAGGUCUGCAACGUGUUCGGGCGAUUUUGUAACCAUGCGGCAGCUGCAAUAGUCCUGUCCAUGCUUGGAUCUCUGGCAUUUAUGUACCUAGUUGUGCUUGCUGCCUUAGGCCUCCACAGGAGGUCUAAGUAG